AUGAGAGGAAGAGUGAAGGGGGAGAAGGAUGUGGAGAGGGGGAGUAAUCACAGUGGAGGAGGAAGAAUGGAGGAGGAGUGGAGCGAGAGGGAUGAAAACGGCAGUAGGGAGAGAGGGGGUAAAGUAGGAGGGGAGUAGAGUCUUUCUGGUGGCUGUGUACAUCUGGAUUCCUGAGCUCUAGGCCUCAGUGCUGACAGUCUGAAGGACGCUCACUCAGCCCAGAAGUGCACCUGACAAACAAAUCUGGGAGUGCAGUCUGUUUUCACUCCUCCGUCUGACCCUGUCGGUAAGGCGAGAAGAGUCUCUCUCACACACACGCGCACGCACUCUCACGAAUUAACCAGACAACAGAUAGUAAAGCAGUUUUAUGCUGUCAAUAAAUCCACUAUUUAUAGGGAGGAAACUACCACAAUAAAAUCCUCUUUAGCUUUUUACUGUAUGAUUUUAAAACCAGUUGCGAUGUUGUGACCUUUUACUGUAAAGGAGGCCCUGUGUGUGAGUGUGGGUGUGUGGGGAUGUGUGUGUUCAUGUUUGCCUUUGUCUGUGUAUGUGUGCACAGCGAUAUCUAUCCUGCCCCAGUCCCCUAUCAACAGAGUCAACACAGGGAGAGAGCAGGAGAGUGCGUGCAUGCCCACGCACGCACGCACACGCGCAAGCACACACACACACACACACCUCACACACAGAAAGGGGGAUGGCUAAAUCAGUGGUUUCUCAUCAUUUUUGAUAGCCCUAUGAACCUGUUAACUUGGCAUUCACACACUUCUCUGCCUCAAAAUUGUUCCUCUUCUUUCCUCCCAAAACACUUCUGUGUGCCCUGGAACAGCUGUGCAGCAGUGCUACGUUUCACAUGCACUAAAUAAUAAGGACCCCUUGGAACCUUAACAAUGCCUAACAUCUGAGCCUAAAGAGGCCCUAGCACUGCUUCCUGUGUGGACGGGCCAAGGAACAUUUAGCAGUUGAUAUAGUUGCACUAGCGAUAAAGAGACAGAUUGAAGAAAUCAUGCGAUAACAGUUGAGAGUGGUCAUAGAGAAGCUGUUCAGGGUUUGUGGAGAUGCAAUGCCGAGACAGUCGAUGGCUGACCCUUACGGAAAAAACACAUGAUUUAACAUUUCCACAUGUUUUGCACAUGUGAAAUCAUGUGUUUUUGGAACAAUUCACAUGUGAUGAUAUUUUUACAUGUGGAUUUUCACAUGGUCGCAUAACCUUUAACAUGUGCAUUCAAAUUUUUACAUGAGAUUUCACGGGUGAUGCCCUGCUAACAGAAAUGUGUAAUUAUGAUACACACAGUGCUUUUAACUUUUGUCUACUUACAUAUUUGACUACAUGUUUAUUUAUACAGUAAUUAUUAUUCAACAUGUCCUUACCUAGGAUUUGAACUCACAACAUCUUGAUUCACUGCAUUCCUAUCGUUCUGCUACACCAGCCACCAUGUCUGUGUCAAUAACUGAUUUCACCUGUAUUCCUACACUUUGGACUUCAAAGUACAUCUCAGCUUUGUUAAAAAUACACUCAAGAAAAACUAUUAUAUUUAUAAUAGUGAUACAGGUGUAACAUUAAAGCAGAAUAAUAUGCUCCACCAACAUUAGACAACUAUUCAGAAAAUCCUCAAAAUGCUGAAAUAAAAAAAAUUAAAUGAAUGAUGAGAGAAUAGUCAGAUUAACUGAUAACUAAAAUAGCAGUGCAGAUGGCAUGAUUUUGCUAAGUGCAGAGAUGUAUUAUAGGUAUUGAAUGUGUGUGGGAGUGCUAUAGACUUUGUGGCGCAACAGAAAAGUCAGUGUACCUGAACUCCAGAGAUUGUGAGUUAAAAUCCCAGAUGGGUUCAUACUUUAGCUGAACAGCGAUAACACAUGAAAUUGCACGUGAUCACGUGAAGUUCCAAAAACACGUUUUCACAUAUGAAAUGUCACAUUUGAAGUGUUCUAAAAAUGUAUGUUUUUAGAUGAUUUCACAUGUAAAAUUUCACAUGUCACUUGUAAAAUCAUGUGAUUUUCCACAUGUGAAAUCAUGUGGUUCCACGUGUGAUAACAUGAAACUGCACUGUUAGCCAUUGCUGUUAAUUUUGUGGGAUUUUUUUGUAAUUUUACGGUGCAUUUCUACAGUAAUAACAUACUGUAUUUUGCUAUAUAUUUACUGCCAAUUGCAAUGCACUUGGGUAGGCAACUUUUUGGCCCGUCCUGCAAAUUAACUUGGCAUGCCUCACUUGCAAUUGCAUUUAAACUUAUAGGACACUUUAGAUGCGCUUAUUAUUUUAUAGUAAGUUACCGGCUACCGAGUUGCGGCUAAAAUAGUGGAAACAACUUUUAAUGUAUUUCUACAGCUGAACUGUAUUUUGUCAGUAAAUAUACAACACCGAACUAUAUUCAGGAAGUACACAGAAUUUCCAAUUCUGGAAAAUUUGGAAGUGGAUUUUGGUUUACAUUCUGAAUUGACUGGAAUGUAAGUGGAAUUGGCCUCAACAUUGUUAGCAUACUUGGACGCAACCACACCUGGGAUUUGAACUCACAACCUAGGAUGCCGGUAACCUGAAUUUCCUGCUUUGCCACCAGGUAUGUGGCCAUGACAGAGAUCAACCACAGAUUUAUUAGCAAGAAUACAUUUAUGCAUUUUGCUAAAAGUUGCCCGGAAUCAAGUCAAUAAUUGUGUGAUUGUCACGUGUUGUUUCAUGUUAUCACAUGUAGAGAUUUUGCAUCCCCGUGUUGUCACAUUUAUUUCACAUAAAUUUCACGAGAUCAUGUUCUCACAUGUGCCAACAUGUUGUCACGUGUAUAGUUUUAUGUUAUCACAUUAACUUCACAUUAAAUCACAUGUAAAUCACAAAUGUAUGUGUUUUCUCCGCAAGGGGAGUCUCAAUGACACAUAUGUCUUCACGUAUGAUUUUGGACUAAAGUAUAGUGCACUGAAUGGGGGAAUCAAGUGUCAUUGGAAAUGUCAAAUUAUGGCCAGAAUUCAAUCUUGAAUUUCAUCACUGCACUUUCAGAAAGUGCGGUACAAAAUGAUUGAAUUCCGACCUUGGCCAUUGUGAAAAGCAGCUGUGAGUGUUGGAUUUGCAACUGUCUCUAAUGUUGUUCUAGACAGCUUUAGCACACAGAGUUCUACAGGAGACUCAGCAUCGGCUUGAGGACUUGAUGACAUGUUGUUUGUUGUUGUUGUUGUUCUCUUCUCUCUCUUUCUCUCUCGCUCUCUAACAGAAACCACUGUGCGUAUGUGGUCCAGAAGAACAUCACAUGUACGAUGCAGGACGGCAUGGCCACCUAUGUGAAAGCUGAAUACACCACCAAGUGCAUCUGGGGGCAGAAGUGUCCUGUCGUCAUGUAAGUCUACACUCUUACAAAAAAUAUUACAUUCCAACUAAAUUAAAUUCCAAAGAUUUAAUGUUUUUACAAUUCCAAUUCAAUUCCCAUUAAAAAAGUCCAAACAGUUUAAUUCCAAUUCAAUUCCAAUUCUAUAACUUUAAGAUUUUUUAAAUUAGGAUUUAAUUAUAUUUAAAUGCUCCACUUCAUGAGUGAAUUCAAUAAUUUAAUUGGAAUUUCAAAUUCAAUUGGAAUUGACCCCAACCCUGAAAGUUACUGUACUCAAUUCAGACCCACCAGCCUCUGACUCUACCAUACUUACAGUAACAUGAGAGAGGAUACAUACAAAUUAGAUACUGACAGUAGCUAGCUUUCCAUCCAAUUGGCAACAUAUUUUAAUGGAAAUAUUCUAAAAUCUGAAACCCACCAGUGGUGUUUCCACCAAACUGGCUUGUUGCAGAUAAAAAUCAAUGAAAAUCUAAUGUUCAAAUUGUUUCCAUCGCAUUUUCAACUCUACUGAGGUGUGUCACAAAAACUGUUGUUUUAAAUUGCAAAUGUGCCUAAUCUGGUCUUGGUACUUGCGCUCUAGCCAACAGCUCGCAGAUACAGUACGGGUAGGCUCUGCAGGUAGGUUAGUCUACAUGAUGAUAUUAUGGAUACAGUGAGGGAAAAAAGUAUUUGAUCCCCUGCUGAUUUUGUACGUUUGCCCACUGACAAAGAAAUGAUCAGUCCAUAAUUUUAAUGGUAGGUUUAUUUGAAAAGUGAGAGACAGAAUAACAACAAAAAAAUCCAGAAAAACGCAUGUCAAAAAUGAUUUGCAUUUUAAUGAGGGAAAUAAGUAUUUGACCCCCUCUCAAUUAUAAGGAUUUCUGGCUCCCAGUGUCACGAUCGUUACCGGAUGAGACGGACCAAGGCGCAGCGUGAUAAGCGUACAUAUUUUAUUAAGUACACACACGAACCAAAACAACAAACAAACGAUACGUGAAGUCCUAGGUUACAACACAAACCUUAACGGAACAAGAUUCCACAUUUGACUAAUGCCAAACGGGCUGCCUAAGUAUGGUCCCCAAUCAGAGACAACGAGCUACAGCCGUCUCUGAUUGGGAACCACCCUGGCCAACAUAGAUAAACACGAACUAGAACAAAACCCAAUGAAAACUAAACAUAGAAAAUCCACACCCUGGCUCAACAAUUAAGAGUCCCCAGAGCCAGGACGUGACAGUACCCCCCCCCCCCCCCCCCAGGACCGCGCCACACCAACACAACAGGGUAGGGGCCGGGUGGGCAUUCCGCCUCGGAGGCGGAUCCGGCUCCGGGCGUGACCACCACUCUCUCUCUACCCCCCCCGUUGCGCCCCUGGUCUGGUCUGGCCCCGCUGGCCGGAGCUGGACUCAACACCGGUGGAGCGGAUUGCUCUGGCUCCGGAGUGGAGCAGCUGACCGGUGCCGGACCAGGCACCGGUGGAACAGGCACGGACCGUGCCGGACUGACGACGCGCACCACUGGCUUGGUGCGGGGAGCAGGUACUGGCCGGACCGGGCUGACAACGCACACCACUGGCUUGGUGCGGGGAGCAGGAACAGGCCAGACCGGGCUGGCAACGCGCACCACUGUCUUGGUGCGGGGAGCAGGAACAGGCCGGACCGGGCUGGCGACGCGCACCACUGGCUUGGUGCGGGGAGCAGGAACAGGCCGGACCAGGCUGGCGACGUGCACCACAGGCUUGGUGCGAGGGACAGGAACAGGCCGGACCGGGCUGGCGACGCGCACCACUGGCUUGGUGCGGGGAGCAGGAACAGGCCGGACCGGGCUGGCAACGCGCACCACAAGCUUGGUGCGGGGAGCAGGAACAGGCCGGGCUGGACUGGGAGCACGCACCAUAGGCUUGGUGUGGGGAGCAGGAACAGGCCGGAAAGGGCUGGCGACGCGCACCACUGCCUUGGUGCGGGGAGCAGGAACAGGCCGGGCUGGACUGUGGAGGCGGACUGGAGAUCUGGAGCGGAGAGCUGACACAACCCGUCCUGGCUGAAUGCCUACUUCCACACAAUAUGUGUGAGGCAUCAGCACAGGACGUACAGGGCUGUGCACUCGUACUGGCGCUACAGCACGUGGCACUGGCGCAGGAUAUACGGGACCGAGGAGGGGUACUGGAGGCCACGAGCGUUGAGCCGGCACACUCCGUCCUGGCUGCAUGCCCACCUUAGCACGACACGUGCGUGGUGCUAGCACAGGACGUACAGGACUGUGCCGGAACACUCGCGGCACAGUACGUGGCUCAGCCAAGCACCCUUUUAGCCCCCCCCAAACAUUUUAUUGGGGCUGUCUCUCAAGCUUCCUCCUCGGCCAGUACCCUCUGCGUUGCCGCUGCUCCUCUCUGUAGCGCGCCUCCACAGUCUCCUCUCCUGCCUGGGCAUACACCUUUGCCCAUGGCCCUCUGCCCGCGAAUAUCUCCUCCCAUGACCACCAUUCGCCCACCUGAGCCAUCGCCCUCUUCUCCUCCUGGGCACCAGUUAGUUGGUGGGAUCUUCUGUCAUGAUCGUUACCGGAUGAAGCGGACCAAGGCUCAGCGUGAUAAACGUACAUACUUUAUUAAGUACACACACGAAUCAAAACAACAAACAAACGAUACGUGAAGUCCUAGGUUACAACACAAACCUUAACGGAACAUGAUCCCACAUUUGACUAGUGCCAAACGGGCUGCCUAAGUAUGGUCCCCAAUCAGAGACAACGAGCUACAGCCAUCUCUGAUUGGGAACCACCCUGGCCAAAAUAGAUAAACACGAACUAGAACAAAACCCAAUGAAAACUAAACAUAGAAAAUCCACACCCUGGCUCAACAAUUAAGAGUCCCCAGAGCCAGGGCGUGACACCCAGGUGUCCUUUAUACAGGUAACGAGCUGAGAUUAGGAGCACACUCUUAAAGGGAGUGCUCCUAAUCUCAGUUUGUUACCUGUUUAAAAGACACCUGUCCACAGAAGCAAUCAAUCAAUCAGAUUCCAAACUCUCCACCAUGGCCAAGACCAAAGAGCUCUCCAAGGAUGUCAGGGACAAGAUUGUAGACCUACACAAGGCUGGAAUGGGCUACAAGACCAUCGCCAAGCAGCUUGGUGAGAAGGUGACAACAGUUGGUGCGAUUAUUCGCAAAUGGAAGAAACAAAAAAUAACUGUCAAUCUCCCUCGGCCUGGGGCUCCAUGCAAGAUCUCACCUCAUGGAGUUGCAAUGAUCAUGAGAACGUUGAGGAAUCUGCCCAGAACUACACAGGAUGAUCUUGUCAAUGAUCUCAAGGCAGCUGGGACCAUAGUCACCAAGAAAACAAUUGGUAACACACUACGCCGUGAAGGACUGAAAUGCUGCAGCGCCCGCAAGGUCCCCCAGCUCAAGAAAGCACAUAUACAGGCCCGUCUGAAGAUUGCCAAUGAACACCUGAAUGAUUCAGAGGAGAACUGGGUGAAAGUGUUGUGGUCAGAUGAGACCAAAAUCUAGCUCUUUGGCAUCAUCUCAACUCGCUGUGUUUGGAGGAGGAGGAAUGCUGCCUAUGACCCCAAGAACACCAUCCCCACGUCAAACAUGGAGGUGGAAACAUUAUGCUUUGGGGGUGUUUUUCUGCUAAGGGGAUAGGACAACUUCACCGCAUCAAACGGACGAUGGACGGGGCCAUGUACCGUCAAAUCUUGGGUGAGAACCUCCUUCCCUCAGCCAGGGCAUUGAAAAUGGGUCGUGGAUGGGUAUUUCAGCAUGACAAUGACCCAAAACACAAGGCCAAGGCAACAAAGGAGUGGCUCAAGAAGAAGCACAUUAAGGUCCUGGAGUGGCCUAGCCAGUGUCCAGACCUUAAUCCCAUAGAAAAUCUGUGGAGGGAGCUGAAGGUUCGAGUUGCCAAACGUCAGCCUCGAAACCUUAAUGACUUGGAGAAGAUCUGCAAAGAGGAGUGGGACAAAAUCCCUCCUAAGAUGUGUGCAAACCUGGUGGCCAACUACAAGAAACGUCUGACCUCUGUGAUUGCUAACAAGGGUUUUGCCACCAAGUACUAAGUCAUGUUUUGCAGAGGGGUUAAAUACUUAUUUCCCUCAUUAAAAUGCAAAUCAAUUUCUAACAUUUUUGACAUGCGUUUUUCUGGAUUUUUUUGUUGUUAUUCUGUCUCUCACUGUUCAAAUAAACCUACCAUUAAAAUUAUAGACUGAUCAUGUCUUUUUCAGUCGGCAAACGUACAAAAUCAGCAGGGGUUCAAAUACUUUUUUCCCUCACUGUAAGAGCGAGAAUGUUUUUAUUUAUCAAAAUAGCAGUGAAGCAUCGAUCAUCAUGUCACCAGAAUAACACUCUGGAUAUUUAUUGGAAAGCUCACCACCCUGUGAAGUUCAGCAUAUCGUAUUUCAUCUGUAGCCUAAUAAACUGCAUGGUAGGCCUAUCGCUAGUUGUAGUAGGAGGACCACACACCAUGACUCGCAUGACUCCAAGUUUACUUUGAUUUGAUAGUUAUUAUUUUACAUUUUAGUCAUUUAGCAGACGCUCUUAUCCAGUGUGACUUACAGUUAGUGAGUGCAUACAUUUUUCAUACUGGCCCCCCGUGGGAAUUAUAUCAAUAUUUGUGCAUAAAGGUGUUUCCACUGCCAUUUCUUGUAACAUUUAUUUUACAGACACAAAAAGAUCCCACAAUGACGAACGAACAAAUUAUCUGUCAGCAUUAAUUAAAUUGUACCAAAACUUCCUGUUUCCAUCACAACUGUCAUAAUUUUUUAAAAUAUGGUAUGACUUUACUCGCAUAAAACUGUGGAUGGAAGCGUGGUUUGUGAGACUACUGUUGUACACUUUCCAUAGUUUUGACAGGCAUAGCAAAGUAGGCAGUGUCAAAAGUCGUGGUCAAAAGUUUUGAGAAUGACACAAAUAUAAAUUUUCACGAAGUCUGCUACCUCAGUUUUUAUGAUGGCAAUUUGCAUAUACUCCAGAAUGUUAUGAAGAGUGAUCAGAUGAAUUGCAAUUAAUUGCAAAGUCCCUCUUUGCCAUUAAAAUGAACUUAAUCCCCCCCAAAAAUGUCCAUGCUUUUCAGCCCUGCCACAAAACGACCAGCUGACAUCAUGUCAGUGAUUCUCUCGUUAACACAGGUGAGAGUGUUGACGAGGACAAGGCUGGAGAUCACUCUGUCAUGCUGAUUGAGUUAGAAUAACAGACUGGAAGCUUUAAAAGGAGGGUGGUGCUUGAAAUCAUUGUUCUUCCUCUGUUAACCAUGGUUACCUGCAAGGAAACAUGUGCCGUCAUCAUUGCUUUGCACAAAAAGGGCUUCACAGGCAAUGAUAUUGCUGCUAGUAAGAUUGCACCUAAAUCAACCAUUUAUCGGAUCAUCAAGAACUUCAAGGUGAGAGAUUCAAUUGUUGUGAAGAAGGCUUCAGGGCGCCCAAGAAAGUCCAGCAAGCGCCAGGACCGUCUCCUAAAUUGAUUCAGCUGCGGGAUCGGGGCACCACCAGUGCAGAGCUUGCUCAGGAAUGCUAGCAGGCAGGUGUGAGUGCAUCUGCACUCACAGUGAGGUGAAGACUUUUGGAGGAUGGCCUGGUGUCAAGAAGGGCAGCAAGGAAGCCACUUCUCUCCAGGAAAAACAUCAGGGACAGACUGAUAUUCUGCAAAAGAUACAGGGAUUGGACUGCUGAGGACUGGGGUAAAGUCAUUUUGUCUGAUGAAUCCCCUUUCCGAUUGUUUGUGGCAUCCGAAAAAAAGCUUGUCCGGAGAAGACAAGGUGAGCGCUACCAUCAGUCCUGUGUCAUGCCAACAGUAAAGCAUCCUGAGACCAUUCAUGUGUGGGGUUGCUUCUCAGCUAAGGGAGUGGGCUCACUCACAUGAAUAAAGAAUGGUACCAACACAUCCUCUGAGAGCAACUUCUCCCAACCAUCAAAGAACAGUUUGGUGACGAACAAUGCCUUUUCCAGCAUGAUCGAGCACCUUGCCAUAAGGCAAAGGUGAUAACUAAGUGGCUCGGGGAACAAAACAUCAACAUUUUGGGUCCAUGGCCAGGAAACUCCCCAGACCUUAAUCCCAUUGAGAACUUGUGGUCAAUCCUCAAGAGGCGGGUGGACAAACAAAAACCCACAAAUUCUGACAAAUUCCAAGCAUUAAUUAUGCAAUAAUGGGCUGCCAUCAAUCAGGAUGUGGCCCAGAAGUUAAUUGACAGCAUGCCAGGGCGGAUUGCAGAGGUCUUGGAAAAGAAGGGUCAACACUGCAAAUAUUGACUCUUUGCAUAAACUUAAUGUAAUUGUCAAUAAAAGCCUUUGACACUUAUGGAGUGCUUGUAAUUAUACUUCAGUAUACCAUAGUAGCAUCUGACAAAAAUAUCUAAUAACACUGAAGCAGCAAAAUUCGUGAAGACCAAUACUUGUGUCAUUCUCAAAACUUUUGACCACGACUGUUCUAUGCAUUGGGACACAUGUAUUAGUGCUGCCCCCUGGUGGUGUCAGUUUAUACUACUAGUUAACUCCACACUGUCCCUCCAGCUGCACUUCCAGCUGUGUUUGUGGUCAGUGGCUCUGUGACUCUGCUCAGGCCUCAAAGGUUGGAAAGUGUUAAUGCUCUGCUAGUUUUCACAAUAAUUGGAUUGUUAUAAAAUUGGACAAUUUCUUUCCAUCUCAGUGGAUUAUAAACAAACUCAUAUUAUGGUUAUUACAGAGGCAACCUUUUCAGUAUAAGCUUACAAUAACCUGUCAGUGAAAUUGUGCUGUUUCUGUUUGUGUGCAUGCAUGAGUGCGUGUGUGUGCGUGCGUGUGUGUGCGUGUGUGUGUGUGUGUUUGUGCGUGUGUGUGUGUCUAUAGCUCAUCUCUGUAAUGAGUGUAUGAGCUGGGAUGUCAGAUUCUUGCUGAUGUGACUGAAGCCUCUCAAAGGUCACCUGUAGUGACAUCACAGAGAGAAAGAAUCAAAGGAUUUCUACUUCAAAUAAAAUGGAGGGAAUGAGAGAGAGAGAGAGAGAGAGAGAGAGAGAGAGAGAAGAGAGAGAGUAGAGAUCACUAUUCUUCAGUAGAAGAGUAGAGUAGACACUUUAAGACAUAACAGUCUCAGUGAGGGCAAUGACCCUUGUAACAAUCCCUCAUCUGAGAACGCAUCAUCUUCACACUAAACCGUCUCUUUAUCUCCUAAUCUACUGUUCAUACCCUCCCCAAUCUCAUUAUACAAACCCUGAUCCUUUGAUCUAUCCUCUCCUCUCCUCCCAUCUCACUUUCUAAGAUAGUCACUGACCUCUUGUUAUCUUCUCUCUGCUCCUCUCCAUCCUCCACUCCAGGUACCGGACCUUCUACAAGCCUAAGUAUAAGGUGGGCUAUAAGAGGAUUACUGAGCUGGAGUGGAGGUGUUGUCCUGGCUACUCUGGGGAGAACUGCUACGAUGGACCCACCUCUCUGCCCGAUAUGCCUCCCUUCAAAGGGGGUGCCCCACACCGACCAGGGAUUAAGGGGUACCCCCAUGGGCACCCCCAUGGGCACCCCCACGGGCACCCCCGACCUCCCCUGAACCACAAACCUGUCCCUGGUGGGGCUAAUCUGGAGCCAGGGAGGCCCUUCCCAAGUCAGCCUGAUAGAAGACCCAUCCCCACUGGACAACUGCCCGCCGGGAACGGCAAACCCAAAUAUGGUGAGACCAGACAGGGGGUGAAAUAUUUGCCAAUUUAUAUUUUCAAACCCUGAUAUACUCUUCCCCUCUCCUCCCCUUGCCCUAUGUAAUAACUUUUUUUUAUCUCUAGGUAAUACAAUUGGUGUUAGUGGAGACUGUCUGGAUCGUAUGGAGGAGGACCUGCUUCGUCUAACCCAGGGUCUGGACACUCUGAACGGGGUGAUGGCUGGCCUAGAGGACCGCCUGCGCCUCUCUCUCCGGGAGGACACAAAAAAUAUGCUGGGCUCCCUGCUCUCCACCAUCCCUCGUCUUUCAGACUCCUCUGUUGGCUUCGGGGUGAUCCCAGACGGGACCCCAGAUGGCCUGGAGUGGGGAGAGGGUUUUCCCGGGUUUGGAGAACUGGCUGGGAGGGUGACAGAGGUGAAGGAUGAGCUCAAAGCCAAGGGACAUGUGCUUGAGAAAAUACAGGUGGGUGCCACAUUUUUGUUAAUGUUAUUAGACUGGUUUAUGCUAGUUUAUGGAAAUGUAGAAAAACAAGCAGAUGUCUAAAUCAAUAAUAUAACUUUUGGAACAAUGCUGAUUGGUAACAUUCUGAAUCUCACACUGAGAUUCUGUAUAUCUAUGUCUCUGGACUGGGCUAUUUCCACACAAUGUCAAUCACUUACAGUGUCAAAUGAAUUUGAGGAAAGUGCUACCUAAAGCCAAACCAUUGUCAUUGUCAUUCCUCAGGGAAUGGUUCUGGGCCAUGAAGGGCAGCUGAAAAGGCUGUUGGAAGCUGCGACCGGCAGGCCCAUCACUGGGUCAGUCUCUCCCUCCAUCCUGGAGGAGCUGCUGGAUGCUAAACUAGCAGGUGUCCGCGCUGACAUCCUGGACGGCUUUGAGAGGCGUCUGUCUGGCCUGGAGAACCACUGUGAGGAGAGGAUAGGAGAGGUCCAGAGACAGUGCCAUAAUGAACACAUGAACGGCCAGGAGCAGAUGCAGCAGUCGCUGGACGGCAGAGAGACUGGACUGAGAGAGGAGCUGGGUACUCUGCAAGCCCAGAUACAGGGACUCACCCUCACGGAGAGCUGCUGUGGACAGGUACCAAUUAUCUUUGGUGUUUCUCAAUGCUACUGGACAUGGCAUGUUUUUAUUGAGGCAACAGAAAUACAUCAAUACUUCAAACACUAGCUACCACAUCAAAUGUGGUAGCUAGCUACCAGUUACUAGUUAUCUGUAAAUAUUAAAUAUUCAGUUAAAUAUUACCCCUACUGCAACAUUCAUUUAUUUAUGAUAAGCCUCUGUGGAUAAGAGGUUCUGCUAAAUGGCUAAAACUUGUAUAUCACAAAAAUAUUUGCAAAAUGUCUUAUCGCUAAACUAUAUGCCUGACAUGUGACUGUCCCUGCAGGUGAACAGCCUGUCCCAGAGGAUGUUGAUGCUGGAGGAGUCAGUGAAGGGGUUAACAGAGUCCCAGCGGCAGCUUCAGGCUGCUCUCACUGACCAGACCAUCCACAUUGAGACCCUGAUAGAGGCCCGUCUGGAAGACAUAGAUGCCAGGCUCCAUGCCACCGAGUCUGGGGAUGUAGGGGUUGGCGGGGUGCCUGGAGGCCUGGACGGCUUCAAGACCCUGCUGGAGGACAAGCUGAAGUCCCUGGAGGAGAGGGUGUUUGUGGCCGUGGAGGAGCUGAGUAACGCCACCACCCCAGCUGUGCUGGAGGGUCAGGUGAUGCCUGCCCUGGAGACAGAGAUUGAGUCGGUCAUGAGGAGGGUGGAGGGAGACCUGGACGGCAUCCAGAGACAACUCACAGACCUGGAGCUCCUCUGCACCUCCUCCUGCUCCCACGCCACUCCCCCUGGAGGAGGCGCAGUGAUAGGCCUAGCAGAGGAGUGUGAGGAGGUGGAAAAGAAGGUGUCAGGCCGUCUAGACUCCCAUGCUGACCAGCUGGACCGUCUCAAUACCACUCUGCAGACCCUACUGAACCGCAUUGCCCAGGAGGACGAGGAAGGCUCUGUCCAGGGAGAGAUCACCCUCCUCAAGAUCAACGUCAACUCUGUCAACCGCACCCUGAAGGGCCUGAGGGACUCUGUUAGCCUGUUCACUAAGGAAGUGGGCCAUGCUAACGCCACGUGGACACACAGGGAGAACCAGCUAGCCACCCAGGUCCAGGGCAUCACCCAGCUAGUGGGGCGCCAGGCCUCCCUCCUAGGGGCCGGGGAGCACCGACUUGCCCAGCUGAAGGGGGAGCUGGUGAGCCUGAGAAGGAGGCUGGCCGGGGAGCUGCAGGGCUGCAGGAGCACGGCCCUGGGGGUGCAGAGGGAGGUGAAGGAGGUGGAUAGUCGCGUGACCCAGGUGGAGGGACAGUGUGGCAGCCUGGGGGAGCUGGCGGACCACCUGGAGAGGAUCAGGACAGAGCUGGAGAGACACUCAGACUCGUACCUGUCACAGGUCAAAGGAACGAUGGCCAGUCACUCUACACAGCUGUCCGUGCUGAAGGGGGAAAUGAAAGACUAUGUCGGAAAGGGCUUAGCCAAUCAGAGGGGAGACCAGUAGCACCUGAGCUACAGAGAAAGACGUGUGUAUGUCAGUAGUGUGGAGAGGCUUCCUCUCGUCGUCUGCUUUCCUUCAUCUGAUCUAAUGGGAAAGUUGAGAACAAAUUCCGAGCAGGAUUCAUAUUUCUUUCACCUAUCCUGUGUUUUCAGAUCAGUGAAGGAGAGGAGAUGAGGAGAAUAGGCCAUUUGAAGCUAUUGAAAUGCACCCUUGGAUGUAUAGUUGGGCAAUAUUUUCCCUCAAGUUUUUAUUCUAAAGGGGCAUUUAGUUUCUUUCUGA